ACGUAUCAGGUUCCCUUUUUCGUUUCGAUUGAUGUCAAAAUGGCGUAUAUCAGCCGGCGUUUUUCUUCGCAGUUGAGUACAGGUCAACGCGUUUUUAACGCUUUUCGAGAGUGGUAUUUAAAUGCAAGUGGGUACAGACAGUUAGGUUUGCGAAGAGAUGAUUUAAUGAAUGAUGAAGACACACCUGAGUUGACUGAAGCAGUUCGUUUGUCAGAGGAAGAGCGUAACAUGAGAAUGUUUCGUGUUAAGCGUGCCCUUGAUCUCUCUAUGAAACAUCAACUGUUGCCAAAGGAAUGGACAAAACCUGAAGAAGAUAUUGAGUACCUUUCUCCAAUUCUUGAGGAAGUCAAGGCUGAAAAGAAAGAGCGUGAAAGUUGGAAUUGGAAAUAAAAACUUUGAGCAUGUUGGAUAAAGAUUGUGUUAAAAAUAUCUUUGAACUGAAGGCACUGUUGCUAGAUUAAAGGAAAGAAAGAUGUUGGUUGUGCAAAAGGGAAAAUUUACUCAAGGACACAACUAAACAAGGAACUUAUGGGAAAGAGAGUUGGAGUGAGCUUUGUUUAGCAUAAUGCGUCAAUUACAAUUGAUUGUUAUGAUGUUAAAAUAAACUUUUUUAGCUGA